AUGUCGCUAGUUUGCAAAGCGACUUUUGUGAAGAAAAUGUUUACAAAAAGAAUAACAUUUAUGCUACUAAUUUCGGUGCUGAAUGUUUGUGGUUUAGAUGUACACGAAAAUGGCUUAAGUUUUGGGGCGCUAACAGAAAUUACAGCAAAGCCACAAACUGAUGAGAUACCAUCCGGUAUAUGCCAAGUAUAUAAUGGUACAACAUGUGAAAAGUUCCUAAAGAACCAAAGCGUAUUUGUACCGCCAAACCUCUCGUUGACCGAACUCGAAGAGCGUUUAAAGGCAGCCUAUGGUGUUAUAAAGGAAUCCAAGGACAUGAAUCCGAAUUGCCGUGUCUAUGCUCUUCCCAGCCUCUGCUUCAGUUCACUUCCUCUUUGUCGAACACCAGAACGCACAAAUCUACUCUAUUUCGCCAAUCGCGCCACACAAAAGGAGCGCAAAUCGAAAAAGAAUAAUUCUACCCAUGAAUUUGGUGCGAAUACUGAAAAUCACAUUACCGGCUAUCGUCGACCACGUUUUCUCGAUAAAAAUCUUAAAGAUCGGCGUUCGUUUUUGAAACGUAAAUCAACAAUACCUUACGAUGACGUAUUUUCCAGUGCGAUUUCAAGUCAAUAUCCACCAACAAGAGAAUCGGAAAAUCUACGUAGAAUUUGUCGUGACGAGUGUGAAUUAUUGGAGAAUGAAUUGUGUCAGAAAGAGUAUGCCAUAGCUAAACGUCACCCGGUGUUGGGUCAAAAAUUGCCAUUGGAAGAAUGCCAGAGUUUGCCACGUCACGAUGAUUGCGCGUCGUUGGGCAUCACUAUCGAUGUAAAUCCAGAACAAGAUUGUUACUGGGAGAACGGCGCCGGUUAUCGGGGCACGCUGGCCGUAUCUGGUACGGGUAAACCGUGUUUGCGUUGGUCUUGGUUAAUGAAGGAAAUAUCUGACUAUCCGGAAUUGGCAGGACAGAAUUAUUGCAGAAAUCCUGGUAAUGUGGAAGAGCGGCCAUGGUGUUUUGUGGAUGAUAAGUCAUUCGAGAAAAUUAUCGAACUAUGUGAUAUACCAAAAUGUGCUGACAAAAUGUGGUUCUACAUAUUUGUGACGAUUGGCACAGUAAUAGGAUGUGUCGUUUUUUAUAUGUUUUACGUAUGCUUGAAGAAGCGGCGCAACGGUGGCAUGACAAACAUACAAAAUAUCAACACACCAAAUGCCGAUAAAAAUAUCUAUGGCAAUUCGCAAGUGAACUCUUCGCUGGAAAUGACGCGUUUGAAUAGCAACACAAACAAUGAACAAUCGACAAUGUUCUCACAAAAUCUGGAGAGAAGUUCACUACUCAGAGUGCCACAAUAUACAUUGCAGGACUUGGAGUUUGUCGAGGAAUUGGGAGAGGGUGCAUUUGGCAAGGUGUACAAGGGGCAGCUGACACAAAUGAAUGGCGAAAAGAUAUUUGUAGCCGUUAAAGCGUUAAAAGAAAAUGCAUCUCUAAAAACACAACAAGAUUUUCGGCGCGAAAUUGAACUCAUAUCGGAUUUGAAACACGAUAAUAUUGUUUGCAUUUUGGGUGUGGUGCUCAAUAAGGAGCCGUACUGUAUGCUCUUCGAAUACAUGUCAAAUGGGGACCUUCACGAAUUUCUUAUUGCCAAUUCACCCAGCGAAAAUAAAUCGCUUACCCAAUUGGAAUUUUUAAAGAUAUCACUGCAAAUUAGUGAAGGCAUGGAAUAUUUGUCUAGUCAUCAUUAUGUACAUCGCGAUUUGGCGGCGCGAAAUUGUUUGGUCGGCGAUAAACUCACAGUUAAAAUAUCCGAUUUUGGACUGUCGAGAGAUAUUUACAGUUCGGAUUAUUACAGGGUACAAUCAAAAUCGCUUUUGCCAGUAAGAUGGAUGCCUUCCGAAUCAAUUUUAUAUGGCAAAUUUACAACUGAAAGCGAUGUCUGGUCUUUUGGAGUUGUGUUAUGGGAAAUUUAUAGCUAUGGCAUGCAGCCAUACUAUGGCCAUAGUAAUCAGGAGGUUAUAAAUUUGGUACGCUCUCGACAAUUGCUUUCAUGUCCAGAGGCAUGCCCAACAGCUGUUUAUUCGCUAAUGAUCGAAUGCUGGCACGAGCAAUCCGUACGAAGACCUUCGUUCUCAGAAAUCGCACAUCGUUUGAAGGUGUGGUAUCAAGGACAACUCAAAUUGAAUUCCACACCGACACUCACAAUCAAAGCUUCCCCGAAUACUUGAAAUUUAAUUUAACGAAAAAUAUUUGUACUUUUUUAUUAAAAACAAAAUUAAUUGAAUAUGUCUUUUGGUAAAAUUUGUACAUUUAUA